ACCCUAAUGGACCCUUUUCAUAUGAAAUCUCUCUCUCUCUCUCUCUCUCUCUCUUGAUAUUGAUAAUCAUUCACUGAAUUAAUACAAAACCUAUCAUUUGUGAUAUCAUCUACCGAUUCACUGCUCCAUUUCCAUUCGUAUGAUCAUGAACUUUGAAGUGCAAGCCGAGAGGGUGGCGAACAUGGAUCCGCCGGUUCAAACUCCUUCGGAUCAGCACCUUUGUUACGUUCGUUGCAACUUCUGCAAUACCCUUCUAGCGGUGGGGAUACCAUGCAAGAGGCUUUUGGAUACAGUGACUGUGAAAUGUGGGCAUUGUAGUAAUUUAUCAUUUCUCACCAUUAGGGCUUCUCAUCCUGAUCAUCCUUCACUCCCACCUUUUCAGGCUGGUUUCUCUAGUGACUUCAAAAGGGGCCAAUCUUCAUCUUCUUCAUCAUCCACAUCAAAUGAACCCACUUCACCAAAAGCUCCGUUUGUUGUCAAACCACCUGAGAAAAAGCAUAGGCUUCCAUCUGCUUAUAAUCGAUUCAUGAAAGAGGAGAUACAACGCAUUAAGGCUUCGAAUCCGCAAAUACCUCAUCGAGAAGCUUUCAGCACCGCAGCGAAAAAUUGGGCUGGUCAUAUACCAAAUGGAUCCAUCCCUGGGAGCAUCAACACUGGUUUUGAUCUUGCAGGAAUGAAGUAACUAAUUAUGCAUUCUUCCUAAGCUACCUUGUAGGAUUGAUGCAACCUUAUGUAUUUGAGUUCUAAAACUUAUGUUCUAUGGAUGAUUUAUGCUAUUUAAUUUCUUGUUAGUUUAAAGACAAGCAUGCAUUUUAUGUAAUAUAUCUAAAUUUAGAAUG